CUUCCUGUUUCUGUCUGUAAAGCACGGACUCAUACACAAUGGCCAGAUCAGACGGGAACUGUAGUCUUUCCACUGUGCACGAAUGGGAGUCCCCAGAUUAUGAGCCAUUGCUUCCUGUUUCAGAGAAGUCGAAUCCUUUAACACGUGACAUCGACCGAGUCUCAGCUGGUUCCAUUGUGAGGAUGUUACAGGCCUGUGAUGCCCAGAUAUUUCAGGAAGAGAAAGGGAACACCUACAAGGGGCUUUUGAGUGACCAAGUGGUGAAAACCAUGAUGGAGGUUACUAGGAGGGUGGAGAUCAUUCUCAAGGACCCUAAAGACAGCCUUGUUGUACUGAGUGGUUGUGGGACUUCUGGUCGACUGGCUUUCCUCGUAGCGUCAGGCUUCAACAGAGAGCUGAAGGAGCUGAACCAGAGGUCACUCUAUGCCUACAUCAUUGCAGGAGGAGACAGAGCUCUGUUUUCCUCCCAAGAAGCUCCUGAAGAUGACCCCAAACUGGGCGCGCUCAGUCUGAAGAAGGUGUGUGAGGGAAAGAAGAGGGUCUUGUUCAUUGGCAUUUCCUGUGGACUAUCUGCUCCAUUUGUGGCAGGUCAGCUGGACUUCUGUUUACAGAACCAUGAGGUUUACACUCCUGUACUGGUUGGCUUCAACCCUACACAUCAGGCCAGGGACGAGCCGAUACCAGGCUGCACAUUCACUUUUCGCAGUGUGGUGCAAAGGAUGCAAGAGCUUGCCAAAAGCCAAACGGCCUUCCUCAUCAACCCAGCAGUUGGGCCAGAAGCCAUUAGUGGCUCUUCCAGGAUGAAGGGAGGCAGUGCCACUAAGCUUCUCCUGGAGAUUGUCUUGUCUGCUGCUCAUGCUGCUGUCUUUUCACAUGCACCCAUCACAUCCACGGGGAUCCUGCAGCACAUGAGAGCAUAUGAGAAUGCUCUGGAUGUCACAUACGCACAGAGUGAGGCAAUAAGUGCUUUGCUAGAGGCAGCUGGACAGAGUCUGAGGUGUGGGAGGUGUGUCUACUACCUGGGCUGGGGCUCUCUGGCUUUGCUGGGCCUCAUUGAUGCCAGUGAGUGUAAACCCACAUUUGGAGCAGACUACAAAGAUGUUCGAGGCUUCAUCAGUGGAGGAUACAGAGAGCUGAACAAUAAUGAGGGGCCCCUAACUUCACUGGGUCCUGAGUUUUGCAUAGCACAUGAAGACUUUCUGCAUCUAGUUCUGCCCUAUCUCAGUGACAAGGACACUGUUCUACUGAUUUACACACACUCUGACGAUGUCAGUGAAGUGGUGAAGUUGGCAAGCAGAGUGAGAGAGAAGACCUCUAACCUCCAUGCUGUUUAUCAUCAGGCUGAUGGAGACACUGCAGCUACUGUACAACAAGAUGACAUCAACAGACUUUGUUUAUCAACACUAAAAAUCACCUGGUUGUCACCAGCUCCAGGGAGCCUACUACACAUGCAGUGGGAGCUGUCCACUAAGCUGCUGCUGAACGCUGUGAGCACUGGAGCUCACGUCUUAAAGGGGAAAAUUUACCAGAACCACAUGAUCGACGUGCAGGUCACCAACAGCAAACUCUACUACAGAGCUUCACGUUUACUCCAGAAGCUGUCUGGCUGUCCUCAGCACCGGUGUGAGGAGGCACUUCUGAAGGCCAUCUACAGAGUGGACGAGCUGUCAACAGGCAUCACAUCUUCUGACACCGCCACACACACACGCACUGCCCGAAGCAGGACCAAGGUGGUCCCCCUGGCUUUGGUCUCUCUGCUGACUGGUUGCUCUCUCAUGGAGGCAGAGUCUCAUUUGGAGCAGCAGUCAAUUGUAAGGGAAGCUGUGGCUGUCAUAAUCGACAAGGCAUGAUGUCCCUACAUACACACAGAGUACAUUUCCUCUACUCUCCUCUGCAGAGAGGUUAGAGGUCAGCUGUUUCAGAUAAACAAAUUUCUACGUUUGAGUCAAAGGUAUAUAAUCCUCCUUUACUGACUGCUGAUUUUAGUAUGAGUUAAUAAGUAAUAAAGCCAAAAUAUUAAUCAAGUUGAACUUAGUUUUACAACUGAAAAAUGAGCUUAUACAUAUAUUGUAUACAUAUAUUUAAUAAACAAAAAUCCAGCAUAUUAAAAAACAGAAUUAUUUUAAAAGCCCAAUAUUGAUCAUGGGUGUUGUUGGAUUUAAAUUUUCAGCCUGUGUUCUGUAACUGUCUUCUAGAGGUAUAGGCUCUGCCAUGCUUGUCUGUGUGAUGUAAGUCAUCCUCAAUUCCUCAACGCACACACUCACAGGUACCGGAUUAGUGUGACAUGUGAGUGUAUCUUGAGAGCAGCUGAGCAGCUUUGGAAAUAUCUUUGGAGCAGAGCCACACACAGUAUUGGAAAGCACAGAGCAAAGGAAGCUUAGAACAGUUAAGUGCACAUCAGAUCUGGACCAGAAAGCAUUAGUGUAAAGUUCUCAGCAUUUACUGUAUAUACUGUAUAUGCCUGAAGUAGUAAAAUGGCUAAUGUUGGCCAUCUAGAGGUCUGUGCAAGGAUUACAAUGGUAGUAGUGAUAAUUGGGCUGGAAUAAUUGGAGGUUUAUUUGUUUCUCUGUUUGUGCAGGUAUUGUAAAUACAACAGGUGCUGGUGGGAAUACGUUUAAGUAAAAGUGUCCAAUCAGUGUGGAAUAUGUCAGCUGAUGAAACUCAAAGCUAAACUAGUGUAAAGAAACAUAAAAAUGAAAUAAAUGAGAAUGAAAUCUUGCAAAUGUGCACACAUUUGGGUAAAGUCAUAUGAGGACAUGUGCAUUUGUUUUAUUUAUAUCAGUAUGUUACAUUUGUAUGUUCAUUUGCUCUUGGUACAUGAUGUUCACUUGGUGAUGUCACAGACUGAUGGACAGCCAAACAGACCAAUAGCAGCACAGACACACACACCCUCUCACUAGCAGCAUUUGGAGUCAUUUGUCAAACUAAGCAAUAAAACCACACGCACUUCAUUCACUUGCAGACUAUCUGUGGUCUAAAAGUACAAUUAGCUGUGAUCGCCACGCUGUCAACCUACCCUCAUAUAACCAUGGGUACAGUAAGGCAUCAGUAACACACGUCACACUGUUGUUCCAAAUGGUUGGUUAUACAAACCCCUCCUGAGUCUCCAGCAUGUAACACACGCCUAAGAAAACCAGAGCGAGGUUUACAUCAACCUGAAGCUCAGACUGAUGUGUCCUGACAUUUACUGUAGAGAUUUAGUGUGCCAGAAACACACAGCGUCACAUUGUUGUUGAAAAGAGUUCACACAUAUGCAUGCUUAAAGGGAAGUCACAAGAUUCAUCAAUAACAUAAUAAAUCUACUAUAACACUUGUUUUUGUUUGUGAUAGAAAGUAAUUUAUAAAUGUUCUUUGGGAUAGUACUGUUGGGAGUGGCUGAAACUCCAAACCCCUAAAAACCCAUCAUCUUCAACGUGCUGAGAUGAGUCCACAAAACAGACAAAGAAAACAAACCACGUAUCAGUGCAUGUGUUAGCUAACAUCUAUCAUACCUCUGAGGUACUUGGUAUAGUCAUGGUUAUAUGAUUCAAUAAAUCAUUACACCUGGGUCCACAUAGUCCAAAAAUAUGUUUUGUUUGUUUCAAAAAUAUACUGUAACUUAUUUGUCCAUAUACAGUACAGAUUUAGACAUUUUACUUCAUAAAUACAGUUAACUUAAAAACAUACAAGCAUAAUAAAUACAUUUGAUAUAGUUAGACCACGUAAGGUGGUGGGUUCAAGUUUCAAAGUUCCAAUCAGUGCGAUUCCUCCUAAACUGGAUCUGAAGUUAAAAGUGCUUCAAAUGUUUGAGUAUUUUUUUGGUUUCAUUCUUUAACCCUACAUAAAUUUAGGUGUGUAGUUGGAGAGAGAGCAAAUGUUUAUGGGAGCUGUCUUAAGAGUGUGAAUUCAUACAGCAGUUUUGGUUUCUGUUUGAGUUACUGUAAAAGCUAUCCAGCCCACUCUCUUU